GUGUGCGCCCGGAGCCGGUCCCGGAGGUCCGCGCCGCCGCCGCCGCUGCUUCUGCUGGGGCCGCACGUGCAGGAGCUCCUGGCCUUGGCGUUCCGGUUCGCCAGAACCUUCGGCUGGGCGCCCGGCAUGGCGGCUGCCGCCGCGGAGACGCGCGUGUUUCUGGAGGUGCGGAGACGGCUGCAGAGCGCGCUGCUGAUCCUGGGAGAGCCAAAAGAAGGAGGUGUGCCCUUGGAUGUUUCUGUGACGCCGUCCUCACUCCAGGUGAAAACCCCCACUGGCUGCACAGAGCUCCGGCUUCCAGCAGAGGUCAGGCUUGCACCUUCCUCUUGCCAUGGGCUGCGGUAUGUGGCUGGAGAUGGGCUGCACCUGCGGCUGCAGACACAGGCAGACUUCAGCCCAAAACUGGUUUCAAUGUUUAAUCAAAGCUCACAAGCCCAAGAAUGUUGCACAUUUUAUUGCCAGUCCUGCGGUGAAGUCAUAAUAAGGGACAGGAAGCUCCUCAGGGUGCUCCCGCUGCCGAGUGAGAACUGGGGAGCUCUAGUUGGAGAAUGGUGUUGUCAUCCUGACCCCUUUGCUAAUAAGCCGCUUCAUCCUCAAGAGAAUGACUGUUUUAUUGGAGACACUUUCGUCUUGGUGAAUUUAAGAAGUGAUUUGUGGCAGCCAAGACCUGAGCUAGUCCCGCUGGAGACACACUGUCUUUCUUCUGAGAACCGUUUUCAAUUGAAACCAAAGGCAAAUACCAAAGUAAUUUGUAAGCGUUGCAAGGUAAUGUUGGGAGAGACCAUGUCAUCAGACCGGUUAAAAUAUCAGUUAAGGAUUAAAAAGGAUGUACAUUCAAAGAGAAGUGGAGAGGAGGCAACAGUGAUGCUAACAACAGAAACCACCAAGUUUUAUAUGACAGAGAUAAUUAUUCAGCCAUCUGAGAGAAAUUUUCCCAUCAUACCAAGGUCUCGGUUUGUCCAGAGUGUCAUUGCCCAGUGUCUGGUGGAACUCUCCUCUGCUCGAAGCACUUUUAGAUUCACUGUUCAAGGUCAGGAUGGCAAAGCGUACAUCUUGCUGUGGCUUUUAAACUCAGACAGUUUGGUGAUCGAAUCUUUGGGAAGUUCCAAAAGUAUCAAAAAAUUCCCACUGUUGGAAGAUAUAUUGGAGGCAGAUUCCGGUUCUGCCUGGAACGCUGUCAAGGUCCUCUACCAGCCAUGCAUCAAAAGCAGGAACCAAAGUCUUGCCAGAUUGUGGGACAGUGACAUCAGCGUCCACUCUCUGACCCUGCCCUCUGCUACCUGCCUGGAGCUGCUGCUGAUACUGUCAAGGAAUAAUGCCUCGCUGCCCCCGUCGCUUCGCUGCAUGAAUUCCUUUCAGCUGGAGUCUAAAAAUGCACCCAACACGUUUCGAGGUAACAAACAAGGCAGCUACGUAGUAAUCAGUCUCCCAAACUGAAAACAGAAGGAAACAACUUCCCAGUUAUGAAAAUUCUACACGAAGCCACACCUUAGGCGUUACUUGGGGACAGAGAAUGCCAAAACUGCAAAAUAACUGUGGCCUUUUUGAAGCUGUAACUGUGGGAGCCGAGGCACCACUCUCCCUAGCAGACAGCUCCCCCGCACCGUGUGCACCAGAGGCCAGCACUCAGCCCAGUGGGCAGCCAGUAUGGAGACAGGAACCAGAGCUACAGAAUGAGCAUUGCAUUGAAGUUUUGAGUUUACUUGUUUGCAUCUGUUCUCUAAAAGAAGAGUUAAUUUUAAAUCUUUUAAAAACCAAGACUGCGAAGAAAGUUGUAGUAGCAGGUUGUCAGCAGUUGAGAUAAGUAUAGAUGUUAUAGCUCUAUUUCCCACAGAGAGGAAUAUUCAAAUAUGCGCUGAGUCAGCACCGCCUGGAAGGCUGUCAGCUGGUGGAGACCCAUCUGUCCUGUGUGGAAUGCAGAGGGGACUUCGUUGGUGGAACUAAAUGUUACCUACUGUACAUCCAAGGAAAUAAACUUUUAAAGAACUUCUCAGAUUUGCUUAAAACAAAUUUUGCAAAAGAAAAAUACAUAAUUUUGUAUAUCUUAUUCAGAAGAGCUGCUCAGUAAAUAAAUGGUUAUUGAAUGAGUGAUUAUCAAAUUAAAAGUUUUCCCAUUUAUGCAAA